AUGAAGGUAACCAAAAUACCUGGCCCCGAAGUGGCCAAACACAACACCCGGCAAUCCUGCUGGAUCGCUGUGCACGGGAGAGUCUACGAUGUCACAGACUUCCUCGAUCAACACCCGGGAGGUGCAAAUAUCAUUCUGCGUUGUGCUGGCCAAGAUGCCACAGAGGAGUACGAGAGCGUGCAUAGCCCGGAGCUGAUUGCAGAGACGCUUCCUCCGACAGCAUUUCAGGGUGUCGUCGAUGCUGAAACCAUUCCCAAGUCCGCAUCACAGUCACGAACCACGUCCAAGAACAAAAGCAAAAAUGACGUUCCACCACUUAGCUCGAUGAUCAGCGUCAAUGACUUCGAAGCCGUCGCCGAGAAAACUCUGACGCCCAACGGAUGGGCCUAUUAUGCCUCAGGGGCAGACGACGAGAUCAGUAAGACCGAGGCAGCUCGAGCUUUUCGCAAGCUCACUCUACGACCACGCGUGCUUCGGAAAGUCGACACGGUCGACACAAGGACCACCAUCUUGGGACAGAGCUGCAGCAUGCCAAUCUAUGUAUCCCCGUCAGGCCUUGCCAAGUAUGCACACCCCGAUGCGGAAUGCAAUUUUGCCUCAGGUGCAGGUAAGGAAGGCAUUAUCCAGGUGAUACCAACCAAUCCGAGCAUGUCCAUCGAGAAAAUCAUUGCAGCCCGGGUGAGCAAGAAGCAGCCUGUUUUCUUCCAGCUAUAUUUAAAUCGAGACUCUGAGAAAGCGGAAGCAUUAAUCCGCCGUGUGGAAGCUCUCGGUGUCAGCGCCAUCUGGUUGACGGUCGACUCACCGGUGCUGGGGAAAAGAGAAAGAGAUGACCGCUUGAAAGCUCAAGAAAUAAUCAGUGACCAAGAUCAAGUUGCUGUGCUCAAAGAACAGCAGGCCGGUGUGGCAAAGGUGAGCUCCGCAGGACUCCUCAAUCCCACGCUGUGCUGGGAUCAUAUCGCAUGGAUUCGACGAGUCACGAAACUACCCCUGGUGUUGAAGGGCAUUCAGAGCGUUGAAGACGCUGUCCUUGCCUAUGAACAUGGCGUUGAAGGAAUUGUCCUCUCAAAUCAUGGAGGGCGUUCGCAAGAUACAGCUCAAGCCCCCAUGAUCACACUCCUUGAAAUCAGAAGGUAUGCACCUUUCCUAAUUAACAGCAAAAUGGAGAUCUUCGUGGACGGGGGCAUACGCCGUGGGACUGAUGUCCUCAAAGCGCUCGCGUUAGGGGCGCGUGCUGUCGGCUUGGGAAGACCGUUUCUGUACAGUUUGACUGGUGGUUACGGCGAAGCCGGUUUCAGAAGGAUGGUGCAAAUCCUGAGGGAGGAGCUCGAAGGGAACAUGGCGUUGGCAGGAGCAAGUCAAAUCAGGGAAAUUAAGGCCGAGAUGGUCAACGCCAAACGGCUGGAGAAGGAAGUCAUUGGCUCUGUCAAAUUAUGA